AUGGACCAGACCAGAUGGUUUUGGGCAGUGAUUGGCACAGCUUUCCCAUCAGGCCAUCCGAUAUCCGACGUCUUCGAGAUUCAGCCAGCCAACAGCGUGGCUGCUUUCAUCGAGGCGCAAAAGCUAAAAAAGGACCCUGAAGCGUUCGCUAUUAAGGCAGUUGACAUUCUAGAUUGUCCCGCGGACCUAGCUUCAAGCCGGUGA